UCUUUUCCUCGAGUAAUUCUACAAAUACCUUGCAUUUUCUCUAAUUAAGAGCCAUAUAUAGACGAGUGAGAAAGAGAUUGGAAGGGCCUUCAGGAUUAGAAGGAAGAUGGCUCUCAAAUUUGUUUCUUUAAUUCUCUUAUCUAAUAUUUUUCUCUUGACGUGUGACCGUGGCUAUGGAGUAAUGAAGACGACUGAACAGGAAUGGCAACAAUCAAGAAGUCGUGAAGAAGAAAAGAAGCAGCUGAUGGAGGAUCCGAAACUAGGAUACGUCACCAUAAAUGAUCUACAUGUUGGGAAAACAAUUACACUCCGAGUCCCAACCGAAGUCCCCUCUUCUUUACCUCACUUCUUGCCUAGAGAAGAUGCUGAUUCCAUUCCUUUCUCAGUUGAAGAAUUCCCAAAUAUCCUUCAACUCUUCUCAAUCUCUCAACAUUCUCCCCAAGCAAAAGCAAUCAAGAGGGCACUGGAAGAUUGUGAAUCUAAACCCAUUAAAGAAGUGAAGUUUUGUGCCACCUCCUUAGAGUCCAUGGCUGAUUCUGUGCGAGCCAUUUUUGGAUCGCAAGCCCCUUUCAAAGUUGUAAGCACAACCAGCUUCACAAAAUCGAACACCCUUCUCCAGAACUACACUUUCCUGGAAGUUAAAGAGUUGCCAACUUCAAUGACUGUGGCGUGUCAUGAUCUGCCUUACCCUUAUGCAGUUUUUUACUGCCAUGAUCUGGGUGACACCAAGGUUUUCGAGAUUUCACUGGGUGGCGGCCGUGAGCAUGGAGAAAGAGUGACAGCUUUUUUUAUUUGCCACAUGGACACGUCCGGCUUUAGACCAGACCACAUCGCGUUUCGCGUUCUCGGCUUCAAGCCAGGAGCAGCUCCUGUGUGCCACUGCGUCUUUCCAAAAAAUCUUCUUUGGGUUCGACAUUAAUGAAUGGAAGGACAACCUUAUUCUUCACACUCAUUUAUCGAAUCCUUAGUGUGUUUUAAAUCGUUUUAUUAUAUAUGUUUAAUUAUGAUAUUUAGCGUGUUUCAAACGGUUUUAUUGUAUAUGUUUCUUUAUGUCACUGCUGCUUUAUUGCUGGUCAA